AUGUUACUCUCUGCUCGUCAUCUUCUCUCUCUCCUCCUCACUUCCACCAUUUUCUCAAGAAGCUUGCUUCCGGAAGAGCUUGGCCUAAAGAAGGAGAAGCUGAGCCACCUCCACUUCUAUUUCCAUGAUAUCGUGAGCGGCCGCAACCUGACCACAGUGCGUGUAGCUGAGGCCAAGAUGACCAGCAUGUCUGCCACGGGGUUCGGCAUCGUCGUUAUGACUGACAACCUGUUGACCGAGGGCCCGGAAUUGAGCUCCAAAAUCGUCGGCUGGGCUCAGGGACUCUAUUUGUCCUCAUCACUGAAUGGCAUUGGCCUGCCGAUGGUGCAGAACUACGUCUUCACUGAAGGGAUGUACAACGGGAGCACGCUAAGCGUCCUUGGCCAGGAUGCAGUGUUCUCUGACGUGAGGGAGAUGCCGAUUGUCGACAGGAGCAGGCUCUUCUGGUUCGCACGCGGAGGACUUGUCUCACGUACUUCCGCCUUUAGACAUUGGCCAAAGUUCCCCACAUCAUUUUCUUCCAGUGCUGAUCCUUCAUGGGGAUUCCUUUGCUAUCGGUAG